UCCAACUAAACUACUGUAGCUAGCUAUCUCCAGUUCUACGUUCUUUCUAUUAAUAAAAUCUUCUUCUUCUUCUCUUUUUGGUUGAUUCCCACCAUUGAACCUCUCACGAAUUCGUCGUCGUAUCAUCAGAUUCUGCUCGAAUAGCUGAAUUUGUUUAAUCAGAUAGUGUUCCUCUUGAUCUAUCGCUACUAGAUUUGUUGUGCGUUUGUUUUCUUUGCUGAUAAUUUGCAAAUUCUCUGCUUAUGAUCUCGAGGUAGUAAUGUCUGUUCUUCUCUCCCUUAUUGUUCAUUUUUUAACUCGUUGCUUAUCGGAUCUGAUCCAUUUCGCUCUCUUUCUCUGAUCGUGAUCUCUCGAUUUUAUCCUGCUCGUAUCUCUCGAUUUUAUCCUGCUCUUAUUGGUGGAUUUUUGGUUUUGGAGGUUUAGAUUUCAUGUCGUAGGUUUUGGAUUUUAUUUUCUGGCAUCAUUACUUGGUGUUGUGAAUCCAAUUCCUCAGUUAAAUCUGCAUUGGCUGACAAAAGUUUUGCUUCAUUUUUUUUUUUGUUGGGUUUCAGGUAAUGGCCACAGAGCCUUUGCACCUGGUUUUUAUACUGCCGUGUUUUGGUAUUGGUGCAGUGUAAGAAAUUGAUUGUCAAAGGAAAAUAUUUGCUUUUUCUCUGAGGAGAGGGGACGAGUAAGAUGGCAAAGAUGAUAAACAAGACGCUUGUAUUAACUUAUAUCUACUUGCUGAUCUACAUUAUACUUUCUUCAGGAGUUAUACUGUACAAUAAGUGGGUUUUAUCCCCAAAAUACUUCAAUUUUCCACUUCCUAUAACGCUGACAAUGAUCCAUAUGGGGUUUGCUGGAUUCGUGGCUUUCCUUCUUAUUCGUGUCUUCAAGGUUGUAGCUCCGGUUAAAAUGACAUUUGAAAUAUAUGCAACCUGUGUGGUACCUAUAAGUGCAUUCUUUGCAUCAAGUCUCUGGUUUGGAAAUACUGCAUAUUUGCACAUUUCUGUUGCCUUCAUUCAGAUGCUGAAAGCUCUAAUGCCAGUAGCGACAUUUAUCAUGGCAGUUGUUUGUGGCACUGACAAACCAAGGUGUGAUGUGUUCUCGAACAUGUUGCUGGUCAGUGUUGGAGUUGUGAUAUCUUCUUAUGGGGAAAUUCAUUUCAACAUAGUUGGCACAGUCUAUCAGGUGACAGGCAUCUUUGCUGAAGCACUUAGACUGGUGCUAACUCAAGUUCUUCUCCAGAAGAAGGGUUUGACAUUGAACCCUAUUACCAGCUUGUAUUACAUAGCUCCCUGCAGUUUUGUUUUUCUGGCCUUACCUUGGUAUGUGUUAGAGAAACCCACAAUGGAAGUUUCACAGAUCCAAUUCAACUUCUGGAUAUUUUUCUCCAAUGCUCUAUGUGCUCUUGCCUUGAACUUCUCCAUAUUCUUAGUCAUUGGGAGAACAGGUGCAGUAACCAUCCGGGUGGCUGGUGUUCUCAAAGACUGGAUUCUUAUAGCCCUCUCAACCGUCAUUUUCCCCGAGUCCACAAUCACUGGGUUGAAUAUCACUGGAUACGCAAUAGCGCUAUGUGGUGUCGUCAUGUACAAUUACAUAAAAGUAAGGGAUGUGAAGGCGUCUCAACCAACAGCUGACAGUCUUCCAGAUCGAAUCAAUAAGGAGUACAAGAUGGAGAAGAAGUCUUCGGAUAAAUUCAAUCCUAACGACAGUGUGGAGAUCCCAAGAGUAGGAGGAGAGGUAAACGACGAGGAAGCCCCUUUGAUCACAUCCCGGUUGUCUCAUAUUGGUCGGACGCAGCUCGGAAAUCACGCUGCUUAAGAUGCCGGUAUAAACGUAUAAUAGACAUUUUGCUUCCCAAUUCGUUAUUUUGUUACUUAGAAGAAAAAAAUCUUUGAAACCAAACAAAGAAGUUGCAGCACCAUCUAGACCCGUGUCCUCGUGUGUCAGGUGAAAAAUUCCAAAUUUGUUAUGAGAUAGAAUAGCGGAGAUUAUUACCAAUGAUUAGCUGGAAAACUAAAAAGUCUCAAAUUCGUUUGUAGUGAAUUGACGUUAAAUUUAUAUAUUUGUGGUCUUAAUUUUUUCCAUCAUCAGCCGACCCUGGAUUCAAUUAUGUUCCGGCUUCUGAGCAGCAUCUC